CCCCCAGCCCAUGUGACGACAUGAGGCCGGAGCGUCGUCCUGAUGCGGGGGGGGGUUCCAUCAUGGCGUCGAUGCAGAAAAGGCUACAAAAGGAACUAAUGGCUUUGCAAAAUGAUCCACCCCCUGGAAUGAUGCUCAAUGAGAAAAGUGUCCAGAACACCAUCACACAGUGGAUUGUAGAUAUGGAAGGAGCCACGGGUACGCUCUACGAAGGAGAGAAAUUUCAGCUGCUUUUCAAAUUCAGUAGUCGGUAUCCUUUCGAUUCACCUCAGGUGAUGUUCACGGGAGAGAAUAUACCUGUACAUCCUCACGUUUAUAGCAACGGUCACAUCUGUCUAUCCAUACUAACAGAAGACUGGUCGCCAGCCCUCUCAGUGCAGUCAGUCUGUCUCAGCAUUAUCAGCAUGUUGUCCAGCUGCAAAGAAAAGAGACGGCCACCCGAUAACUCCUUUUACGUAAGAACAUGUAACAAAAACCCAAAGAAAACAAAAUGGUGGUAUCACGAUGAUACGUGCUAAUAAACGUUGUAAUAGUUCCAGAAGAAAGAAGACCUACUGAACCGCAUAAAGCACUUUUGAAUCAUACGACAGUCACUGAACUCUGACCUUUUUGACUGGAACAAUGGACACCAUGAUGCGCUGGAGACUGUUUGAACUGCAUUUCCCAGAGGGCAGUUGGGUGCAUGUUUUUAGCCGGUUGUAAUAUACAAAUAAAAUAAAAUAAAUAAAUUAAGAAUCGUUACGUGUACCAACAAUGGAUUGUUUUUGCAAAAAGAAAAGGUCACUAUGCAGCCAGCGAGAAAAAUGGUUUCGUAAGUGAGAUUAUUAUUAUUGUUAUCGUUUUAAGAUGAUUCUUGUUUCCUUUUGUUUGGGUACAUUUAAAAGGUUGUCAUUAUGUGCUGUGCAAUACAAUGGUGGUUGGGCCCUAACAACGGUGGUUGGGCCCUAACAACGGUGGUUGGGCCCUAACAACGGUGGUUGGGCCCUAACAACGGUGGCUGGGCCCUAACAACGGUGGUUGGGCCCUAACAACAGUGGUUGGGCCCUAACAACGGUGGUUGGGCCCUAACAACGGUGGUUGGGCCCUAACAACGGUGGUUGUGCCCUAACAACGGUGGUUGGGCCCUAACAACGGUGGUUGGGCCCUAAAAAGAUAUCUGUAAAGUGAUCUCAGCAUUUUAACCCCCAGAAAAUACUUCAGCUUUUUUUUUUUGGUCUGAUAUUCAAUGCACUGUGACGAUAUAUGUAGAGCUACAUCAGCUCAAUGUUAUUAUUCCAAAGGUUCAAUUUCUACUGUAAAACCACAAACAACACCACUUCUCUGCAGCUGAUAGAAGGGGUUUUCAAGUUGUUUUACAUUUCACGUUUUAAUCAAGAGUAGUACAGUUCUCUUCCUCUCCGCCUUCCGUCUUUCAAGGACAGACUUGAUUUCAGAAGUUGUCUGGUCUAUUUUGACUAUAGCAGCGUUUCCCAAACUCGGUCCUGGGGCCCCCCAGUGCACGUUUUUAGUAUAUUUUUUUUUCACUGACACUUCCACAGAUGAUUCGAAUCAUCUAGCUUGGCAAACGCCCAAAAUGUUGGGGUCCUGAGGACCGAGUUUGGGAAACGCUGGACUAGAGUAUUGGUACUGACCAGGUUGAUGAUGGUUAGAACUCUUUAGGCUGCGUUUACACAGGCAGACCAAUUCUGACUCUUUUUUUUUUUUUUUUUUUGCCACUAAUUGUUCUUUUGACCAAUCGGAUCGGAUAUUUUGCCCAUAAUUGGACUGCCUGUGUAAACGCAGCCUUUAUGUACCUCUUCACAAUAAUAUGGUCUGAACUCAUGUCCUGGUGUUCGCAGGUCCAUUCUGUAAAGCCCAGAGGUGUAAAGGCCAUUUAACGAAUGUCUGUGUUGUCGGCCAUUUUUUAUUUGUUUGAUUUAGUAUUUUGUCUUGAUGAGAUUUAGUUGCUUUUAUCAACAACAACAAAAAAUGUAUUUUACCAUGUUUGUCUUGUUUUUUUUGUUGUUUUUUUUCAGCUAGCUGACACUUUCUUUUUUUUAAAGGGGAAGGAAUGAUUUAUGGUUGUAUGUUUUUAAUGUCUUGUUUAAUUUAAAAUCUAGUGGUAGUAACAGUGAAAUUAAUUUGACUACUGUUAAGACGAGGCUAGAUUGAUUCCCUGGUCACAGAUUGACUCUUUUUUGUUAAUCCGAGAAAGACAAGAAGAAAAAAAUCCUGUGAGAUAUUUUGAAAUGAACUAUAUUUUCACCGAAAGGGACUUGUUAUGUUGUGAAAUCUAUAACAUGUCUGAAACGAUUGUUACUAUAUACAUGUAUACAUACAUACACUUUAUUUAGAAAUCGUGGAGAUGAAGUAAGGAAUGGAUUAAUUCUCCUCAUGUUGUAGCUGUGUGACUUUUUAAUAGGAGCGUUUUUAUUAUUUUCUUUUUAGUGCUAAAUAGUACGCCGCCGUCGGUUAGAUUCCAGUCAAUUCAGAAAGUAAACCAAAAUUUGAAGAAGAAGAGUCCACAUUUUCCUCAUUGAACAGCAUUGAAUGGAAUUGAAAUUAGAAUUGUCAUUUCGGUGUUCUUCCUGAAUUGAACCCUUUUCCCCUGGAUGUAGUUUCUCAUCAACACAUCUACUGUUGGUCUGAAGGGUUGGCAGUUGGAACUGUUGGGAAGCGCCUUGCUAUUUCUCAUCGUUAUCACACUUGGUUACAACGCUCAUAGGUUGCAUUUAUACAGGCAAGCCCAAUAUACCCACACAAGAUCUGAUUGGUCAAAAUACCAUUUAGUGGUAAAAGACCAGAACUGGUCUGCUUGUGUAAAUGCACCCGCAGUGUAACUCUCUACCACAGGAAAUUGGUGGGAGGAGCUAUAGGAGGCUGGGAUGGAUUAAAUUAAAAAGAUAUAAAACACAUCAAGUGAUGACCCUGUCCUCCUAUAGUUGUUCCCAGCAGCCUCCACUGCUAUGUACAUACCAUCUUAUGUUGUUAUUGGUUACAAUGGGAGGAAAUCAGCUGCUGUGGCAUCCUAUUCCCGAUGUAGUGCACUACUUUAGACCAGAAUCCUAUGGCUACCUGUGUAGUGCACUACUUUAGACCAGAACCCUAUGGCUCACUGUGUAGUGCACUACUUUAGACCAGAACCCUAUGGCUCACUGUGUAGUGCACUACUUUAGACCAGAACCCUAUGGCUCACUGUGUAGUGAACUACUUUAGACCAGAACCCUAUGGCUCACUGUGUAGUGCACUACUUUAGACCAGAAACCUAUGGCUCACUGUGUAGUGCACUACUUUAGACCAGAAUCCUAUGGCUCCCUGUGUAGUGCACUACUUUAGGCCAGAACCCUAUGGCACCCUAUUCCCUAUAUAGUGCACUACUUUAGACCAGAGCCCUAUGGCACCCCAUUCCCUAUAUAGUGCACUACUUUAGACCAGAGCCCUAUGGCACCCCAUUCCCUAUAUAUAGUGCACUACUUUAGACCAGAGCCCUAUGGCACCCUAAUUCCCUAUAUAGUGCACUACUUUAGACCAGAGCCCUAUGGCACCCUAUUCCCUAUAUAUAGUGCACUACUUUAGAUCAGAGCCCUAUGGCACCCUAAUUCCCUAUAUAGUGCACUACUUUAGACCAGAGCCCUAUGGCACCCUAUUCUCUAUAUAGUGCACUACUUUAGACCAGAACACUAUGGCACCCUAUUCCCUAUAUAGUGCACUACUUUAGACCAGAGCCCUAUGGCACCCUAUUCCCUAUAUAGUGCGCACUACUUCAGAUCAGAGCCCUAUGGACUCUGGUCAAAUGUAAUGCACUUUGAAGGGAAUUAGGUCAGGUGCCAUUUUGUGGAUUCAGCCUGUGUGUUGCAGGUGCUCUCUCGUCCUUUCGUGACUUCAACCACUCUAUUCCUGUAGUUCUGUCGCCAUUCAUUCAGAAAAUCCUUCUCAUGCUGGUUGGUGUUGCAUCCUUCCCCAUGCUGGUUGGUGUUGGAUCCUUCCCCAUGCUGGUUGGUGUUGCAUCCUUCCCCAUGCUGGUUGGUGUUGCAUCCUUCCCCAUGCUGGUUGGUGUUGCAUCCUUCCCAUGCUGGUUGGUGUUGCAUCCUCCCCAUGCUGGUUGGUGUUGGAUCCUUCCCAUGCUGGUUGGUGUUGGAUCCAUCCCCAUGCUGGUUGGUGUUGCAUCCUCCCCAUGCUGGUUGGUGUUGCAUCCUCCCCAUGCUGGUUGGUGUUGCAUCCUCCCCAUGCUGGUUGGUGUUGCAUCCUUCCCAUGCUGGUUGGUGUUGCAUCCUUCCCAUGCUGGUUGGUGUUGGAUCCUCCCCAUGCUGGUUGGUGUUGGAUCCUUCCCAUGCUGGUUGGUGUUGCAUCCUUCCCAUGCUGGUUGGUGUUGGAUCCUUCCCAUGCUGGUUGGUGUUGCAUCCUUCCCCAUGCUGGUUGGUGUUGCAUCCUUCCCCAUGCUGGUUGGUGUUGGAUCCUUCCCCAUGCUGGUUGGUGUUGCAUCCUCCCCAUGCUGGUUGGUGUUGGAUCCUUCCCAUGCUGGUUGGUGUUGCAUCUUCCCCAUGCUGGUUGGUGUUGCAUCUUCCCCAUGCUGGUUGGUGUUGCAUCCUCCCCAUGCUGGUUGGUGUUGCAUCUUCCCCAUGCUGGUUGGUGUUGCAUCCUCCCCAUGCUGGUUGGUGUUGGAUCCUCCUCAUGCUGGUUGGUGUUGGAUCCUUCCCAUGCUGGUUGGUGUUGCAUCUUCCCCAUGCUGGUUGGUGUUGCAUCUUCCCCAUGCUGGUUGGUGUUGCAUCUUCCCCAUGCUGGUUGGUGUUGCAUCUUCCCCAUGCUGGUUGGUGUUGCAUCUUCCCCAUGCUGGUUGGUGUUGCAUCUUCCCCAUGCUGGUUGGUGUUGCAUCCUCCCCAUGCUGGUUGGUGUUGCAUCUUCCCCAUGCUGGUUGGUGUUGCAUCCUCCCCAUGCUGGUUGGUGUUGGAUCCUUCCCCAUGCUGGUUGGUGUUGCAUCUUCCCCAUGCUGGUUGGUGUUGCAUCCUCCCCAUGCUGGUUGGUGUUGGAUCCUCCCCAUGCUGGUUGGUGUUGCAUCCUUGGUGUCGUUUCCUUUGGGUCUAUAGAGGAGCUUUUUCUUCACAAUAUCAACCUUUUGAAGUGACUGGUUAUAUGACCAUGACACACUGGUAUCUAGGAACCAUAUAAAGACUAUUUAACCAAUGAUUAAUUCUUUAUUUUUUAUGACACUGUAGAAGAGAUUUGUGCUGCUGGGCUGGGUUUGAUUGUGUCUGUCGCGGUAUGGUAUUAGUGCAGGGACAAAAAGCCUCUAUCCACAAAUGAGUGGAUAUGUAAAACCAUAGUUUGGAUUGUCUCUCUCAUUUUCUCUCCUUGUAUUUUCCUGGUUUUAUUAGGUUGUAUGUGUCCUUUUUAACGUGGUUUGGAUUCCUUGGCCUACAUAUUGUUGUGUGAGUGAUCAGCACUAAUGAAGGGUGGGGUAUUAUAUUUAUAAUAUAUUUUGAGAAUAUAAUUGUUUUUCUUCUCUGUCCGGGGAUGUACAAGCUCCAUGUCAGAGGAGUUCAUUUCAAUCAUCUAUAAUAAAAAGCAGAGAUUUAACUUUUAAUUCA